UCUGCAGGUCUCGGUUUAGUCCGACUCCACCGUGAACGAGGUCGUGCGCUCCUCCUACCCCCGCCCCAAGGCGCCGCGUGCCCGAGCCGUGCCCGAGCCAUGCCCCACGAGCUGUGCCACCAGGAGUUCUCCCGGGCGGGCAGGCAGGCGGGCCUGCAGGUCUGGAGGGUGGAGAAGCUGGAGCUGGCGCCGGUGCCCGAGAGCGCGUACGGCGACUUCUACGUCGGGGAUGCCUACCUGGUGCUGCACACGGCCAAGGCGAGCCGAGGCUUCGCCUACCGCCUGCACUUCUGGCUCGGAAAGGAGUGCUCCCAGGAUGAAAGCACAGCAGCUGCCAUCUUCACUGUUCAGAUGGAUGACUAUUUGGGUGGCAAGCCAGUGCAAAGUAGAGAACUUCAAGGCUACGAAUCUACUGAUUUUGUUGGCUAUUUCAAAGGAGGUCUGAAAUACAAGGCUGGGGGUGUGGCGUCUGGACUCAAUCACGUUCUCACCAACGACCUGACCGCCCAGAGGCUGCUGCAUGUGAAGGGUAGGAGAGUGGUCAGGGCCACAGAAGUUCCCCUCAGCUGGGACAGUUUCAACAAGGGCGACUGCUUCAUCAUUGACCUUGGCACCGAAAUUUAUCAAUGGUGUGGUUCCUCAUGCAACAAAUAUGAACGUCUGAAGGCAAGCCAGGUAGCCAUUGGCAUCCGGGAUAAUGAAAGGAAAGGAAGAUCUCAACUAAUUGUGGUGGAAGAAGGAAGUGAACCAUUAGAGCUUAUAAAGGCUUUAGGGAAAAAGCCAGAGAUUCGAGAUGAAGACAAUGAUGACGACAUAGUAGCAGACAUAAAUAACAGGAAAAUGGCUAAACUUUACAUGGUUUCAGAUGCAAGUGGCUCCAUGAGAGUGACUGUCGUGGCAGAAGAAAACCCCUUCUCCAUGGCGAUGCUGCUUUCUGAAGAAUGCUUUAUAUUGGACCAUGGUGCUGCAAAACAAAUUUUUGUAUGGAAAGGUAAAAAUGCUAAUCCCCAGGAGAGGAAGGCUGCAAUGAAAACAGCUGAAGAAUUCCUACAGCAAAUGAAUUAUCCCGCCAAUACCCAAAUUCAAGUUCUUCCAGAAGGAGGUGAAACACCAAUCUUCAAACAGUUCUUUAAGGACUGGAGAGAUAAAGAUCAAAGUGAUGGCUUUGGAAAGGUCUAUGUCACAGAGAAAGUGGCUCAAAUAAAACAAAUUCCAUUUGAUGCUUCAAAAUUACAUAGUUCUCCGCAGAUGGCAGCCCAGCACAAUAUGGUGGAUGACGGUUCUGGCGAAGUGGAGAUUUGGCGUGUAGAAAGCAAUGGUAGGAUCCCAGUUGACCAAGAGUCAUAUGGUGAAUUCUAUGGUGGUGACUGCUACAUUAUACUCUACACUUAUGCCAGAGGACAGAUUAUCUACACUUGGCAAGGAGCGAAUGCCACAAGGGAUGAGCUGACCACAUCUGCGUUCCUGACUGUUCAGUUAGAUCGAUCCCUCGGAGGACAGGCUGUUCAGAUCCGAGUCUCCCAAGGCAAAGAGCCUGUUCACCUGCUGAGUUUGUUCAAAGACAAACCGCUCAUUAUUUACAAGAACGGAACAUCAAAGAAAGGAGGUCAGGCACCUGCUCCCCCUACACGCCUCUUUCAAGUCCGGAGAAACCUGGCGUCCGUCACCAGGAUUGUAGAGGUUGAUGUUGAUGCAAAUUCACUGAAUUCCAAUGAUGUUUUUGUCUUGAAACUGCCACAAAAUAGUGGCUACAUCUGGACAGGAAAAGGUGCUAGCGAGGAGGAAGAGAAAGGAGCAAAAUACGUAGCAAGUGUCCUCAAGUGCAAAACCUUAAGGAUUCAGGAAGGCGAGGAGCCAGAGGAGUUCUGGAAUUCCCUUGGAGGAAAAAAAGACUACCAGACCUCACCACUACUAGAAACCCAGGCUGAAGACCAUCCACCUCGACUUUACGGCUGCUCUAACAAAACUGGAAGAUUCAUCAUUGAAGAGGUUCCAGGAGAGUUCACUCAGGAUGAUUUAGCGGAAGAUGAUGUCAUGUUACUAGAUGCUUGGGAACAGAUAUUUAUUUGGAUUGGGAAAGAUGCUAAUGAAGUUGAGAAAGCAGAAUCUUUGAAGUCUGCCAAAAUGUACCUUCAGACAGACCCUUCUGGAAGAGACAAGAGGACACCAAUUGUCAUCAUUAAACAGGGCCAUGAGCCACCCACAUUCACAGGCUGGUUCCUGGGCUGGGAUUCCAGCAGGUGGUAAAUUUAUUUUUGUAAAAAGCAAACAAACAAAUAAAAUUGGGCAGUUGUA